AUGGGUGGAAACCACAGCACUUUGACGAGAGAAGACACACGUCUAAAUUUUGAUUCCCUUCUGUCGGAAGAAGAUGAAAAAGAUAUCGAAAAACAAAUAGAGCAACGAACAUCGAAAUGCAACAAAAAGUGCGAGGAUAUGCGUUUUGACUUCCUUAAGGAUCGUGAUUACCCGUUUGAGAACCUGGUGUUCGAGGGAGGGGGAAGCAAAGGUUCUGCUCACGUCGGAGGCGUGAAGGUUUUAGAGGAACUUGGAAUUCUCUCAAAAGUAAAACGGUUUGCUGGAACUAGCUUUGGUGCUAUAAUUGCGACCACUCUAGCAGUUGGAUAUACCGUUGACGAAAUGGAAACCAUCUUGAGGGAGAACAUUAGCAGCGAUCUUCUCUUUGAUGCCCGUUGCAGCUUUUUUAGUUUUCUUCCCAAUCUAAUACGUCGCUAUGGUGUACAUCCUGGCAACAAACUCUAUCAAUACUUCGGUGAUUUGCUAGAGAAGAAGACUGGCAAUCCUGACGUUACCUUCGAACAGGUUUACAAGAUGUUCAACAAGGAACUUUGUUUGGUCAUGAUAAAUGUAAAUAACAUGCGGGAAGAGUACUGCCACCCAAAGACCACCCCAAAAAUGAGUGUUCGUCUGGCUCUGCGCAUGUCUGUUUCUUACCCAGGUGCCUUCCAACCGAUCAAGAAAACUUUACCCAAUGGCGGAACAGAUUUCUUUGUAGAUGGUGCACUGAUCUGUAACUACCCAGUCCACUGUUUUGAUGGAUGGUGGCUUUCAAUGAAACCGGAAGAUACCUUCUUGAAAAGGAUUCAAGGGAUACAGGAUUUACCUAAACUACUUAGCAAAGGAAAUAGAUUUGGACAAAGGAACCAUAAAACGCUAGGCUUUAUUCUGACGUCUGAUGAAGGACCAGACUUAUUCAAGUACUACCUUGAGGAUAGGACGAAAGAGGAGUUUGGAAUCACGGACACGCCAAUACCAGACUCCAAGCUCGCUAAAGAAGACUUGAGGAAGACGAUCCGGAGAGAAAAAAUACAAGAAAUUAUUAUCAAGGCCGUGGACGAGUUUAUAAAGGUUUUGAAGAAACAUGACCUCAAUGGGGACGGUAAGAUUGACAUGAACGAAAUGAAAAACGUAUUUGCUGACUCAGAGUUUUCUAACAAGAGCAAGCGGAUUAUUUUUGGUCAUGGGAGACAAUGCGAUGCAGUGGAGGCGUUCGAUCUUCUUGACGCUAAUAGCGAUGGGCAGGUGACGUUCGAUGAGCUAGUGACGUUUGUGGAGCAGCGAGAGGGUAUAGAUCUUCAGCAGCUGUAUACGGGCUAUAAACGGCACGAGAUAGACGGGGUGACCUCAUUCUUCUCCACCUGUCUCAACGCUGUCUUCCUUAAUGCAAGCCGAAUAUUCAUGGAGGGCUAUGAUAUAGACCGGACUGUUGGCAUCAAUACAGGGUACGUUGGAUCGAAUAACUAUGACCUGGAAGAAAAGGAUAUCGAUUUCUUGCUUUUGCAAGGACGCAAAAGUACAUUAGCCUACUUGAAGUACUACGUUGAGAAGAGUGAGCAUAGAAUCAACAGUGAAAGCGUCUUCGAAACCGUUCCACUAACUCCUCUUACACCGAAACCAACUCCUUUCACCUGAACUAGUUUCUCGCCCCAAAAUCAGGUUCUUACGUCUAGAGCAAUCAUGUGGGUAAAAUAGUGGCGUGUUAAAAAAUAGUGUUCUUUUUUACUCCUAAAGAACCGUCUCUCAUGUCAAAAAACGAGUCUCUUAUGUGCUUAACCUAUUUCUCACGAAUAAACUUAUCCAGGUGUAGAAUAAUGGGGUUGAAAUGUAUCACCC